CGCACACUCAUCGCAGUUUAGAGUCACACACGCUUAGACUUGACGCCAGCGGAGUUGGCAAAGCACUUGUGAUGACUUUUAUUUAUUUAUUCGUUUAUUUGAAAUCCAACAGAGCUGUGCAUUUCCCACCCAAACUAGGUCUUUUAUAAAUCUUUUUUUUAAACACAUGAACAAACGAGUAGGCAGGGAAGCUGGUACACAUCUGGAUCACAGCAACUCCUGGGGUCGGGACACUACAGACAUGAGGAUUUCUCAUUCGGCUGCGCAUAAAUGAUGAACACACUACAGCGUUGCGGCUCUUGAUAUGCAAACACUGUUACUCUACCCAAGAGGAAGAGCUGUCAUUAAUGGGCUGUCCAAUGUUUCUUACAUUCCCCACAUAACAGAGCUUUCCCUUUCCAAUGGACAGCUCUGCAUAAAUCCAGAUGCCUCCCCUCCCUCUUGAUGAGCGCAUAGUGGUCAUCCAGCAUCCUAAAAACUUGGCUCUGUGUGAGGCUUCCCCACAAACCAUUGCACAGCAUUCUUCUCAAAUUUCAGUGUCCUCGAAUGGACAAGUUGCCCACCCUCCUCAUCUCCACCCUUCUCAGUCCCGUAUCUAUUCACCCUCCAAUAAAUCUCUGACUCUGUCAUGCAGGUGCAGAUCAUCCCACACACAGAAAUUCAAGGGUGACCAGCAUAUCAUCCCAGCAGGUGUGAGACACAUCCCAAGCCACUGUCAUAGCAAUGGCACAGUAACUCUCGGCCCACGGCUGCCCUCCCACACACAUACUAUUGAUAUCAGGGUGACAGUGGACAAAGGGGAACGGGGCAGAGGAUUCAGCAGCUCAUUAGGUCGCAGCGGAAGUGUUAAAGGUGGCAGAGAGAAAUGUGCCUCUUUACAGUUGGAUCAAGAACAGUGUGAGAGAACUGGAACUGCAAGGAGGUCAAGCUGUGCUGAACACAAGUUGCAGCGAAGUCGCCACAACCAGCUGUCAUCUUCCCCAGGAGAGGUCAUACAGUUCAUCCCUGCUCAGGCUCAGCAGCAUAAGUUCAGAAGUGAAAAGGCAAAGGAAAAUGCUGGUUUACUUAACAGAAGUGACCAAGAAUGUCCCUCUCUAGCUCACAAGAAGAAAUCCAAACUGGGAACUGUUCAUCAAAGCCAUAAUAGUCAUAGUCCGCCCUACCACCACAGCUCUGUCCCAGUGCCCCAUGCUGCCAUCCUAAAUGCCAACUAUCCCCCAUCCCCUUCCUCUCAUCCCUCUCAACCCACCCAUAUUUCAGUUUUAUUUCAGCAAGCCAGCCAGCCACACCUUCCCUGCACCAAGGAUCACCACCCCCACAUUCUUCAUGGUCCGUCCCUCUCCCCCCGCUCCUCCCACACCGGAGGGUUCCCCAGCCCUGAGCAUACUUGUACCAUCGACUGCACUCACCCAUUCAGUUGUGGCUGCUGGAGGCUGGUAAGAUGCAGAGGGUGUAAAGCGUACUCUGAUAGCUGCCAACGAGGUGGAGGAAGCUCUUCCACUUCAUUUUCCUGUGUUCACAAUGUCGGAGCAGUGAAGCGAGGAAGCAAAGACAUGGGCCUGAGAAAUCUGGGUGGGUGCCUCUCCACCACCUCCACUUCCAACACCUCCUCUUUGAACAGCACUGUGUCUGACUGCCAAGCCAACCUCUUCAAACCUCUCCGCUGUGCCUCCUGCUCUGGUGAGGCUGGAAACUUUGAGAGUCCUGCUAUCCUCCGCAAAAAACUGGUAGGAGGAUGCCUGCCCUGUACACCACUGUCCUCCUCAGCCCCUCUCCGGGCAAUACAGAGGUGUGUCAUGGGCUGCAACCUAAAAGCCUCUCAGACUGGCAGUUCUACCUGCAGCUACUGCAGCAGUGACCCUAUAGUUGUUACAUUCAACCCUCACCGAGGAAAACCCCCAGGAAGAAACAUUGGAGCAGCACAUUCAACAGGUAUAUUUCAAACCGAUGAUGAUGACUAUAGUGUGCAUACUAUCUGGCCUGACGAACUGGCCAAGAAAAUGAUACAUUCUAAAGCCCAAAAGAAUCACUGUGCAGGGAUGGGAGCAGGGGUCGGGAAGACCUGUGCAAGCCAGGCCCAGAAUGGUAGUACUGGAACAGGCCUUGCCUUCUUGGAGUGUCAAAACCUCCAGGAAUAUGCACAGUCUCAGCUUAAAGACCAUGCAGGCCGGUGGCAACUCCAGCGGGGCAAAACACCUGCCUUUGAUUUUACGGGCUGCAGGUCAGGAUCUGGGUAUGACAAAGGCCAGAACUCACUGAAAAGACUCUUGAAUAAGGCAGAAGAUGGAGGAAUGGCUGAUGGUAUGAUGCAAGAUGGAGAUGUAGCAUAUACUUGUUCUCCCACUCCUUGCUCUGCCUCCCCACCAUCACCUGUGUCCUUUUCACCGCCACCAUCUGCCCCUAGCACACUCGUCAAACCCAAACCCUGGCAGAGAGACAGGGAGGGAGGACACUCUCUGCCGUCAGCUCAGUCUCUUCACCUGACCUUGAACUCCCUCAACAGAGAGCAAGAUGAGGAAAGCAGCAGAAUGCGCCUUUCUCUGCCACUCUCCUCUUCAUUGCCAGCAUCUCUGUCCGAUGAGACUGUGAUGACUCCUGACGCGGAGAAUGCUGUGGUCAGUCCCAUCCUGCCUUUCCUGUAUCUGGGGAAUGAGAGAGAUGCCCAAGACCUGGACCUGCUCCUACGCCUCAACAUUGGCUACGUGGUCAACGUGACCACACACCUGCCCCUCUACCAUGUCAGCUCUGGACUACACUACAAAAGGCUGCCAGCCACUGACAACAGCAAACAAAACCUUCGACAGUACUUUGAGGAGGUUUUUGAGUUUAUUGAAGAGGCAUAUCAGAGCGGACAGGGAGUGUUGGUGCACUGCCAGGCAGGCGUGUCCCGUUCUGCAACCAUUGUCAUCGCCUACCUUAUGAAGCACACCCUCAUGACAAUGACAGAUGCCUACAAAUAUGUGCGGAGUCGUCGUCCUGUGGUGUCCCCAAAUCUAAAUUUCAUGGGCCAGCUUUUGGAGUUUGAGAGAGACCUCAACUCUGGGGUGACUCCUCGUAUCCUAAUGCCUAAACUUAAUGGUGUGGAGACACAGGUGUGAGAAAGGUCACGGGG